CCGUCCGAGUCUGAGAAACUCGUCAAUGGCGGAGGACCCGAUUCCCAGAGAUUCGCAGACGACCCGAGAAUCCCACCCUCCAGCUUCCUCUACAUUGGCACAGUCGAGCCCAGCCGUACGUCGACGACCAGCAGCGAAGCCGUGAGUGGACCCACAACAGCCGAAUUGAACCGGUCGCCGUACCAUAGGCUCAACUCGGUCAAAAGAUCGGAUCGGUAUCGGCCGAGUCCCGAGUUGCAGCCGCUGCCUCCUCUGUCCAAGCCUCCCCAGAACCUCAACUCGCCUUCUCCCGUGUCGUCUUCCGACGAAGAGAGCCAUGAAACCGCGUUUCAUUCGCCGAACUGCUCUUCUAUCAGCUAUGACGACAGCUACUACACGCCGAGGCAAGGCAGUGUCAAUGGAGGCGCCAAUUGUGCUCCGAUUCAUGUGGCAAAUUCAAUUCCCCAUUCCAAAAGAACUUCUCCAAAAUCGCGCCUUUCGGUUUCUUCUACCACAAGGAACCAGGUUGCUCCGCCACCACCGCCGCCACCGCCUCCGCCGCCACCAAUGCCAAUUCAGACGCAAGCCCGCGAUGCGCAACAAAGAGCUCCAUCUUAUUCUCAUAAGAAGCCGAAAUUCUCUUCCCCUCCGCCACCGCCACCAAAUUUAGCGCGGGUAUCUAGAGCUCCCGUUCCACCUCCGCCGCCACCUCCACCGUCUCGACCGCCGAUAUUGAGACAGCAGGAAGUUGGGGAUUCGGAAAGAGUUAAAACGGUUUCUGCAAUGUCAGCCCAAGUGUCAGCAAAGACACAAUCAUCCUAUGCAUCAAUACCAUUAGGGUCUUUUGAAAAUGGGACUAGAAAAACUGCUGAGCCAGUUGCUGAUGAGAGUUUGGUGUCUUCGGAGAGUUUUGAAGCUGAUGAUGCUGGAGGGGCAAAGCCCAAGUUGAAGCCUCUGCACUGGGAUAAGGUUCGGGCAACCUCGGACCGAGCCACAGUAUGGGACCAGCUGAAAUCAAGCUCAUUCCAAUUAAAUGAAGACAUGAUGGAGACUCUUUUUGGCUGCAAUUCGGCGAAUUCGGUCCCGAAAGCGAAAGAGCCUAUUAGAAGAUCAGUUCUACCUCCUGUUGAACAAGAAAACAGGGUUUUGGAUCCAAAGAAGUCACAGAACAUAGCUAUACUAUUGAGAGCACUGAAUGUAGCAAGAGAUGAGGUCACUGAUUCUCUUUUAGAUGGUAACCCAGAAGGCUUGGGCGCCGAGCUGUUGGAAACUCUGGUAAAGAUGGCUCCAACAAAGGAAGAAGAAAUUAAACUUCGAGACUACCAGUGUGACGUCUCAAAAUUAGGGACUGCUGAACGCUUUUUGAAGGCAGUGCUUGAUAUCCCAUUUGCCUUUAAGAGAGUUGAAGCAAUGCUAUACAGAGCUAACUUUAAUACAGAAGUGAAGUACUUGAGGAAGUCUUUUCAAACGCUGGAGGAAGCAAGCGAAGAACUAAAGAACAGUCGAUUAUUCCUUAAACUCCUCGAAGCUGUUCUCAGGACAGGGAACCGAAUGAAUGUUGGGACCAACCGUGGUGAUGCUAAAUCUUUUAAACUUGAUACACUAUUAAAACUAGUAGACAUAAAGGGAACAGAUGGAAAGACCACAUUGCUCCAUUUUGUGGUCCAAGAGAUUAUAAGAUCUGAAGGUUCAGUGGUUGACUCCACAAAUGAGAAUGCCAAAAAAAUGCCCAUCAAUACGAAGGAAGAUGAUUUCAAAAAGCAAGGAUUGCAAAUUGUGGCAGGGCUGGGCAGAGACCUCAGCAACGUAAAAAAUGCAGCAGGAAUGGACUCGGAUGUCCUAAGUGGCUAUGUGUCAAAGCUUGAAAUGGGGCUUGAGAAGGUCAAACUGGUUUUACAAUAUGAGAAACCAGAUAUGCAAGGGAAAUUCUUCAACUCGAUGAAGAUAUUUCUAAAAGAGGCGGAGGAGGAAAUUCUUAGGAUCAAGGCUGAUGAAAGAAAGGCAUUAUAUAUGGUGAAAGAGGUCACCGAGUAUUUUCAUGGGGAUACAGCAAAGGAGGAAGCCCAUCCUUUCAGAAUCUUCAUGAUCGUGAGAGAUUUUCUAAACGUUUUGGACCAAGUGUGCAAGGAAGUGGGGAGGAUGCAGGAUAGAACAUUGGUGGGCUCUGCUAGAUCAUUUCGGAUAGCUGCAACUGCUUCUCUACCAGUUCUCAACAGGUAUAAUGUGAGACAAGAUAACAGUUCAGAUGAUGAAAGCUUGUCACCGUGAAGUUUGUGUAUAUGAAGCACAUGAACCUUUUAGGAGGAUACGUAAAUUAUUAGGUGGAUACUACCACGGCCGUCGAUGAUACGUCCAAUUGAAGAAGCAGCAGGACAGCACCCGUAUAUUGGUUUUGUUUGUUACAAGCACGUCAAAGGAGUAGAAGAAUGCAGAAGGGAAGGCACUUUUGAAAGUCUUCCAAUAUAAAGAAGAUCCCAUUCCACAUAGAGAGAGUUCCAGCCAGUUACCCAGGGGAAGCAACAGAUUUUGUAUGAGAAUCGGGUAUGCAUAGUCCAACAAGUUAAAUAUUGAAUAAUAUUUAGAAGAGCAUAUGCUAUGGGAAGGAUCAUCCAACUAAAAGAAAAGGCAUCAAAUGAGAACAUGAACAACAGAUGAAAAAAGGAAAAGAAAAGUUACAAAUAUUUAGAUUUUUGUUUUUUGUUUUGGGUUUUUUCUGCUCCAACACAUAUGCGAUAGAUAGGCUUAGGUUUCUUCAUCUAGAUCCAGAGUCCCACACAUUUUGAAGGAAGCGUAAUGUUUUGAUGUCGGUGGUCAUGAUGUUGGUUGGGGUCUGCAUUUAUUUGAUAAAUUAUAAAAUCAACAA